UAUCGCUCGGGCUGCCACCAAAUUAUUAUUAAUAAUUGCCCCGGAGCUGCCCAGGUCCAGCGCAACAGCAACACCGCGCAGGACUCGCUGGACAACGACGACGACGCCGACGACGAGAUGGGCCAGACGUGGAGCACCCAGAAGGACGACUACUACGUCGGUAGCACGUCGCCGUACACGAUGAACAGCUUCAGCACGGGCGCCUUGAGCCACGACCGCAAGACCGAUGUCAUCUACGACACGGACGACCACGGCGAAGAGACGCUCGUCAUUGGAGCCCGCGCCAACCUCCCUUUGCUCGACAUCAAAGGCAAGAAGCAGAAGCAAAGCGAUCUGCUCAAGCGCAUGGGCCUUGUCGUACGCACGAGCGGCAGUCGCCUCACACGGUCCGCGUCGGUCGUAAUAACAGAUGUGGUGCGCCUCGAUGGCGCCAAGCUCGUGCCUCGCAACAAAACGUACGGGUCGGCGCCGGCCAACUGGCCGCCAUCGAGUGUGAAAGGGCCCGCGGAAGCUAGCGGCGCGCUUCGCAUCGGUGACUCUAUCUAUUCGAUCAACGGCGUCAAAGUCGUGAACAAGUCGCGCAGCCAAGUGAUACGGCUCAUUGCGGAAGCAUCGACGCACCCGCUGGUGCUCACCUUCCGCCACGGCGACGCGAUGGCUCAAGUACAAUGGGACCAAGAGCUGUGCCUGGAUCCGCCCGAGGGCGAGUACAAGGAGCCCGAGAACGAGUGGGGCCCAGCCCAGCCGCCCAAGGUCGGCGGCUCGGUCUCAAUCUAACGACGAGGCGACGUGUGGAUAGUUUUAGUAGAUGAUUGUGGAUUUAUAACAACAAGCUUAUCAUUAGUUAUCAUUCCUACCG